GUUCAGCAUCCCCCCCCCGCGCUUUCCUUCGUUCAUUGCCUUGCUUUUGAGGGUUUUCAUCCUCCGUCAUUCCUUUAGCCCAAAUCAAUCUCCCUCGGAUCUUCCUGUGGAAGACUCCAUCCUCUCGCUUCAUAUACUAGACAGUUCAUUGCAGCGCCGACAGCGGUCGUUCGCCCCCCAUUCACGAUGGUUCCCACUAAAGCUCAACUGUUCGCCGCGGCGUGCGCCUUUGCGACCACCGCCAGUGCCGUGACCCCCAUUGAGGUCAAGGGCUCGGAUUUUGUCAACAGCAAGACUGGAGACCGCUUCCAGAUCCUCGGUGUCGACUACCAGCCCGGUGGCUCCUCCGGCUUCAGUUCCACUGAAGAUCCCUUGGGCGACGCUGAUGCCUGCUUGCGGGAUGCUGCCCUCAUGCAGAGCCUGGGUGUCAACACCAUCCGUGUGUACAACCUGUCUCCCGAUGUUGACCACAGCAAGUGUGCCUCCAUCUUCAACGGUGCCGGUAUCUACAUGAUCCUUGAUGUGAAUUCGCCUCUCUCGGGCGGCUCGCUCGACCGCACCGACCCGGAGAGCACCUACAACUCCGUCUACUUCGAGCAGGUCUUCGGUGUCAUCGAGUCCUUCAAGAACUUCCCCAACACUCUGGGUUUCUUCGCCGGUAACGAGGUGAUCAACGAGCAGAGUGUCUACGAGGCUCCUGCCUACGUUCGUGCCGUCGUGCGUGACAUGAAGGAUUACAUCUCCGCCAACGCGAACCGGACCAUUCCCGUGGGUUACUCCGCCGCUGAUGUGCGCCCCAUCCUGCUCGAUACCCUGGACUACUUCAUGUGCAACCUGGAGAACUCGACCAGCUCUCGCUCCGACUUCUUCGGCCUCAACUCGUACUCGUGGUGUGGCGAUUCUACCUACAAGGAGUCCGGAUAUGACGUCCUGACCGAGGACUUCGCGAACGCCUCCCUGCCCGUUUUCUUCUCCGAGUAUGGUUGCAACGCCGUCACGCCCCGUACCUUCACUGAGGUGCAGGCCCUCUACGGCGACGAGAUGGACCAGGUCUUCUCCGGUGGUCUGGUCUACGAGUGGACCCAGGAAGCCAAUGACUACGGUCUCGUUGCCAUCAACAGCAGCGACACUGCCACUCUGCUCAUCGACUACGCGUACCUCGAGAAGCAGUUCGCUAAGCUGGAUAUGAGCAGCAUCGAGUCCUCCAACUCGACCCAGACCUCCCAGGAGCCCGUGACCUGCAGCGCCUCCCUGAUCACCAACUCGACCUUCUUGAACUCCUGGGACCUGCCCACCCGCCCCUCCAAGGUUGCGGACUGGAUCAAGAGCGGCUACACCAAUGUCACCGCCGGCACGCUCGUCUCCGUCUCGUCCACCUCCAUCCCCCAGACCAUCUACGACUACAACGGCAACAAGGUCUCGAGCGUCAAGUACACUGUUCUGUCCAGCGACGAGUCCAACACUCCCAACAACUCGACUUCGCUCACGAGCAGCCCCUCGAGCUCCAACUCCACCUCCAGCUCCUCUUCUGCUUCCGGCUCGGCCUCCGCGUCGACGUCUACGUCUAGCUCCGCGGCCAGCUCGAUCAGCGGUGCCGCCGGUGGUCAUCUGUCUGCCUCCUUCAUGGGGCUGCUGACGGGCGCCACUUUGUUCGCCGUCUUCCUGCUGUAAUUUUACUCGUCUUAGACAUGCUUGUGCGCUUUACAUUCUGAACUCCCUCUUGUUGAUUGAUUUUAUCCCAUUCUGUUCCCGGCGAGCUUGUUCUCACCCAUCAUGACCAUGACCGUUGUUCCAAGAUGCUUGUCCCACAUGUAUAGAGUGAGGUCCCCGAAUAGAGCCAAGUGGUAGUGGGCAGUUUGACUCGGGAUAUGAUUUCGAUGACGUCUUAUUAUAAUAUACCUGCUGUAUAUAUAUCGGUUUGCUAAUGAAUCUUGCGUA